AUGCCUGGUCGCAGGCACUACAAGCCGGCCGGCAGGCCCCAAUACACCAACCUUUCUAUCAAGGCCGUAGAGAACACCGUUCUCGCCAGCGCGCUGAGGGACACCCAGAGGCGAUUUGACACCUUUGCCGACCACGAACCUAUCAACGACCCCAACUCAUGGCUGAACGAACUUGCUUGGUCGAGCGAGGUCAAGAAGUUCGCGUGGCCCGAUGAUAUCAGACCCAGCCCGCGCGACAAGAUCAUUUCCGCCGUCCAGGCCUCUCUCAACUCUUACCAGUCCAAUGGCUGCGACCACUUUGCUUUCUCGGACUGCCUUUGCAUCUGGGAUAUCUCAAAGCUUUGCUCUCAAGAGAAAUUCUUCCGCUCCCCGGCUUUUGGAUCGGCAUUCUGCGUCCAGUUCUCCAGCUUUACACCCCAUGUCGUCAAGAUGGGAUUGGUUGAGGGCGAGUUGGGUGUCUUCCUGAAGCAAGAUGUCUGCGUCCCAAUUUCCCAAUUCCUGGAGGUCCUCCGCGGUGUCAGCCCCAGUUUCGCCCCAUGCUACGAUACCCAGCUCAAGUUCUGGGAAAGCAAGGUGACCGACGACAAGACGAAGUUUAACUACUCUGGAUUGCCGCGCGAACUCAGGUGGAUGAUAAUUGAGCAUCUCGGCGAGGAUACCGAUCUCUGGCCCUACCUUUACAAGCGCGGAGAUGCCAGGAGCCGCUACUCCUGUGCGGAAGAUGCGCGGAGGAUGGGCCUAAUGACUAUCACACCCGUUCAGUACCAGUACGUCAUGAACGGCAUCGGCAUCUUCAGGAAAGGGACCCACGAUGAGCUCAUGCUCCUCAAGACUUCGAUCCGCCGGAACACGUUCUGCUUCGACAGGCCUGGCAACCUGGUCCGUUUCCUGGAUGCAGUCGACGAGAGCCAGUUGUCCAAUAUCCGCAAGGUCCAUUUCAACUUCGACCACGCCGACUUUUUAAGCUUCUUUGGAGCCAACAUCCAGCCCGGCGAAAAGCAUUACGGAAGGUUCGCGAAAGCACUCAAGACUCUCGGCCAGCUCCAUCUGGAUACCGUUUGGAUCGAACCCAAGGUAUCCGAAGACAUGACCAUCAAGGGCUACUUCCCUAGGCCGCAGGAGUUUGGUUGCCACAUGAAGGCGGUGAGGUACAUCUGCGGAUUAAUCACCCGCAACCUCCAAAAUGCCAAGAGGCUCAAGCUUUGCGGCAGCUACUUCCGUCAGUCGUGGCAAGGAGCUCUUGACGAGAUGUUCUUCGACGCGAAGCGUGCCGAGUUUAUCUCCGGCAAGUUUUACGCUCUCAAGGCCGACAAGCCCAACGGAGAGGGUCCAAGCGGCGGAGCCAGGGUUUCGAAGAAGCGUCGCAAGCAUAACAAGAGCAUCGUCGAUGCCGAGCACACGCCGUAUGAUGCGGCUAUCGACCUUCCGGAGGAGGAGUUGGGUGUCUUGUGGCCGUGCGGGUGUCACGACCCGUGCGGUCCGGACCACUUCAACAGUAGUGAGCGGCCGGAGAAGAAGGCGGUGGAGGAGGUGGAGGAGACGGGAGGAGAGGAGUAG